CUGAUGUAUUAAAUAAUGAGAAACAGACAAGGGUAUUAUCCUUUAAGAGGGAGUGCUGUCCACGAAGCUGAGCAUCACUCCUCUUAAAGGCUAUUGGAAGUAUAAUAUGCAUAUUACAGGAUCCGUAACGGCAGCGAACAUGGUGAGGACUGAGGAGCUGUGGUGUUUGAUGUUGUUUUUAAUUAUUGGAAGUGAGAAGUUGCAGUCAGAUGGUUGUAUCAAGUUUCCGGUCUCUAAUAAUAAUCUAAUCUAAUUGGUGGAUUAAAGUGGUACUUGUUUGUUGAACUUACUAACUAAUUAGAGUAGUGAUUAUUUGAUGCAAAUGACAUGAUCAUCAAUCUUAAGUACUCCGUAGUAUGUAAAGUUGGAGUGGUAAAUGUAAUGUGUGUACUAGUCUACUGUCGUUUGACUGUGUGAGUGAGUGACAGCCUUGCAUUGAUAGGAGUAGUGGUAUAUCAAUUUCCCAAAAUGAAUAGACUGGUGCAUGAAACAAGUGAGUUGGAAGUCAGCAAGGUAAUUAAUUAAAUGGGAGAAGUAACUGUUGGUUGGGUGUAAAGAUUAAAUACUGUUACUGUUACGGAUACAAUACUAAAAACUGUAACAAUGAAUGUCUAACUGUUAGGCAUUAGAGUAGAAAAUAGAAACUUGGUUGAGUUGUAUUCUCCCACUUUUACCUUUAAAAAGAGAGUUGACCCAUUUAUUUGUCUUCUAUCUUUCCUCUUUGUUUUCAAAUUUAGGGAAAGAAAAGAAAGGUUAGAAAGAAUAGUUGUAGCUGACAAGCAAUGGCGGAAAAGAGGAAGAUAAGCAAUGAGAGUAUUAUAACUUACAAACACCACAAGACAAGUGCACUAUGUCCGUCUUCCGACCAUUAUGUUCGUCUCAAGUUUGUGAAUCAGGACAAUGAAGAAACCUUUUUUAAGGUGUUGCGUAAUGCCAAUCUUGGCAAAGCCUUUAAAGCAUACUCUCAUCACCACAAUUUGACUCACCAACUUCACUUCACCUUUGACGGCAUGCGUGUCAAUCCUAACCUCACCCCCGACGAUCUAAACGUGAGGGAUGGAGAUGUAUUUGACGUUUUCAGCUAUGUACACGGUGGUGGUGGUGCUGCUGCUGCUGCUGCUGCUGCUGCUUUCAUCAGCUUUAAUAAUUUGGGAUGAAGCUCCUUCUUAACCCAAUUGUUUAAAUUGGAUUAUUAAUAAUUUGGACCAUUCACUAAUUGCUGUUUAGAUGUAGUAGGCCACUGUAGUUGUGCUUUUCAAGUUUUUAAUACUACUCUUCUAGGCUCCUAGCCCUUGGAUGUAUAGUGUUUGUAUUUGUGUUAAAACAGAAAUAUGUAUGUACUACUCCGUAGUUAAUUAAAAGUUUUCCUUUGAUCAUUAACAAGUGCAUACAAUGAUAUGAUUAGGUGGGUUAAUUGUUGAUGCAAUACUUACUAAUCAGCUAAUUACAAUGUUGAUUAAUGCUUUUAAGGAAGUAGAUUGAUGCGGUAAUUAAUAUUGGUUAAAAAAAAAAAAAAAA